GCGUGGAGUACGAGGAAGGGUGGGCAUGCUGGACUCUGGUCGAGAUUAAUCGUUCAUUUUUGGGCUGCGGAGAUCGAACGAGCCGCUAAUGUGGGGGGAGAACCAACACCGAUCGAGUACCUACAGCGCGCCUACGAGCAAACCCUCGAGGCAACAACGCAACCUACAGAAUGGCAGGGAACAACCACGGCCACAGGCGCACAACUACAUUUCGAGAACACAGAGGCCGACGGCGCAGAGCGACCGGUUCUAUACGUGACCAACCUGGGCGACUCGCAAGUCCUAGUCCUGCGGCCGCGGAACUCAAACGUGAUUUUCAAGACGGAGGCGCAGUGGCAUUGGUUCGAUUGCCCGCGGCAGCUGGGGACGAAUAGCCCUGACACGCCGAAGGGCGCGGCGGUGGUGGACAAGGUGAUGGUAGAGGUUGGGGAUGUGGUGUUAGCAGUUUCGGAUGGGGUGACGGAUAAUUUAUGGGAGCAUGAAGUGGUGUCGUGUGUGGUUGGGGGCAUGAGGGAGUGGGAGGAGGCGGGAAAGGCGGCUAAGGCCGGGAGUGUGACGAAGGGGGAGAUGCAGUUUGUGGCUGAGAAACUGAUGAAUGCUGCGAGGGUUAUUGCGCAGGAUCCGUUUGCGGAGAGCCCGUUUAUGGAACAUGCUAUAGAGGAGGGGUUGGCGAUGGAGGGUGGCAAGCUCGAUGAUAUUAGUGUGGUGAUUGGGCUUAUCAGGAAGCAUGAUGGGUGAGAGGCUGAGAAGCUUGAAGGGAGCAUUAAAACGGCGUGUACGACAAACAACUUCACUCAUGGCGACAGGAUCGAAUAUAACAACGAUCAAGCUACUAGACAGAAAGAUCCGAGGAGAUUCGAAACUGCAGCUACUUAUUACAUUAGCCAAGGUAUGGGAUAUGGAAAACGAUAAACAGGGUAAUAAUCAUGGAGGUGUAGGGAACAGGGAACACGCAACGCAGCGAGAUAAUUUUUUGAGCGAUUUGAACGGGCUGGCUGGCGUUUCUAUGGCAUUUUCUGGGGACUCAACGACUUUUUACACGGGGUAUCAGAUGUCUAUAAUAGGGG